UUGCUAAAAUUAAUUCAUGACAAAUUAUGAAACACCAGUCUCUAUAUUUGGAUAACAGACAGGGCCCAACCCGUUUUUCAAGGUCCUAAGCAAAAUUUCAUUAACCUAGUUGUCAUUUGUCAUUUUCCAUCCCAUUCUGACAGGCAGAUCAAUUGGGUGGGGGGCUCGUGGUGGCUGCUGGGCCCUAAGCAGCACUUAGUUUGUGUUUGCCUUGGGUCUGCCCUGAGAACGGGCCUAAAUGAGCUACAGUUUAAUUUUCUUUGACGUUGAACAACUUUAGUAAGCGCUGGAAUACUAGAAGUACUGGAAUAUGGGCUGCACAUUCUUACAUAAAUGCAACAAUUCUGCCAUCUAGUGGCACUCACAAAAAAAGAAAAAUACGAAUUUACAAAACGGAAGUAGGACUGUCACAGAUCACGUGUUUUUUCACGUUGCUAUUUUUAUGGCGGUUCUGAACCGCUGUUUAAUAUUGUCAAAUGCUUCUGAAAUUAGAACGUUUUGCUUUGUCAUUCUGCAAGCGGUUACAAAAAAAAUGACAAUUCUGCUGUGAUUAGGAAUCAGCCCCUUUAUGUGAUACAGCACACUGAAUAGUACUGAUGUUACCAUGACAGAAGUCCCAGUAAUUCUGGAUGGUGGAUUGGCAACAGAACUUGAAGCUGCAGGCCUGAAGAUACAGGACGACCCCUUAUGGAGUGCCAGAAUACUGCACAGUAACCCAGAGGCUGUCAAGAGCGCCCACGACAGAUUUCUUCAGAGUGGUGCAGAUGUCAUCGUGACGGCCUCCUAUCAGGCUAGCAUACAAGGGUUUGUCCAGCAUCUGGGUUUCUCAGUGGAACAAGCCAGCCAGCUACUGAUGUCCAGCGUGCAUCUGGCCAGACAGGCCCUGCUGGAGUUUGUGGCCAGGACCCCUCCUUCGGGGGACAGAGUGCCGAUGGUGGCUGGUUCUGUUGGGCCUUAUGGCGCGUUCCUCCAUGACGGCUCUGAGUACUCAGGAGCUUAUGACCAGGACAUGACUGUUGAGGAGCUGAUGGCCUGGCAUCGGCCAAGGCUGCAGUGCCUUGUUUCUGCGGGGGCUGAUAUUAUCGCCAUGGAAACCAUCCCCAGCCUGAAAGAGGCGGAGGCCUUGGUAAAACUUCUCCGGGAGUUCCCUGCUUCUAAAGCCUGGCUCUCCUUCUCCUGUAAGGAUGAAAAACACAUUUCCAACGGCAGGUUGUUCUCAGAGGGAGUGCGGCUGGCCCAGAGGUCCCAGCAGCUGGUUGCCGUUGGGGUAAACUGCUGUGCCCCCCCCCUCAUUGAGCCGUUGUUGGUCAGCGCUGGUCCACUUAGCAGCCCGGACCUGAACUGGAUCGUUUACCCCAACAGCGGGGAGGAGUGGGACCAGGACGUCGGAUGGAAAACAUCAGAAAGGAGGAUCUCCUUGGCCAGGCUUAGCACGCGGUGGCGGCAACUGGGAGCGUCCUGGAUCGGGGGAUGCUGUCGCGUCAGCCCGGUGGACAUCGCAGAGCUGAAAUCCCACCUGGAAGGGAAGCCGGUCACUGGAGCUGAAGCCCAAAGCACUGCAGCCUCGCAGUGAUGACAUCACGACGUCAGCCAGAGAUGACCCACUACAGAGCCUUUUCUUGACCUACUAAAUCCAUGGAUGAAAAAAUAAACCACGUUCGUUUCAGUGAAAUAAAACACUCAA